CGCGGCUCCGACCGGUCCCCGCGGCCCCGACCCGUUCGGACCCGCGGCGGGACCGGCCACUGCGCAACGGACGCCAGCCCGGGGCCUGCGAGCGCCGCGCGCCCCGGGCCUCCCCGCGGCCCCCGCGGCCGCCGCGGGCACCAUGGGCGCUGCCCACUCGGCGUCCGAGGAGGUGCGGGAGCUCGUGGGCAAGACGGGCUUCUCCUCCGACCAGAUUGAGCAGCUCCACCGGCGGUUCAAGCAGCUGAGUGGAGACCAGCCGACCAUCCGCAAGGAAAACUUCAACAGCAUCCCCGACCUGGAGCUCAACCCCAUCCGCACCAAGAUCGUCCGCGCCUUCUUCGACAACAGGAACCUGCGCAGGGGGCCCACCGGCCUGGCCGACGAGAUCAACUUCGAGGACUUUCUGACCAUCAUGUCCUACUUCCGGCCCAUCGACACCAGCAUGGACGAGGAGCAGGUGGAGCUGUGCCGGAAGGAGAAGCUGAGAUUUCUGUUCCACAUGUACGACUCGGACAGCGACGGGCGCAUCACCCUGGAAGAGUACCGGAAUGUGGUGGAGGAGCUGCUGUCCGGGAACCCGCACAUCGAGAAGGAGUCGGCGCGCUCCAUAGCGGACGGUGCCAUGAUGGAGGCCGCCAGCGUCUGCGUGGGCCAGAUGGAGCCUGACCAGGUCUACGAGGGGAUCACCUUCGACGACUUUCUGAAGAUCUGGCAGGGCAUUGACAUCGAGACCAAGAUGCACGUGCGUUUCCUGAACAUGGAGACCAUCACCCUGUGCCACUGACCGCCGGGCAGCCCCGGGCUCCUACUGUAAAUAGCCCCGCCCGCUGCUGUGGGGGCGGCACGGGGCCUCGCGGUUUUUAUCUCC